AUGAACAGAGGACGUGGUGGUGGACGAGGGCGGGGUAGCAGCCGAGGAGGUGGAGGUUGGGGUGGCGGCGGUGGAGGCGGAGGUGGCAGCCGAGGGCGUGGCGGAAGUAGGGGCGGUGGAGGACGGGGCCGCGGUCGCGGAGGGCGAGGCGGCCGACCGCGGGGAUUUGAAGAUUUUGAGAGGAGGAUGGAAGAGGAACAGGAAAGGGAAAUGCGAGGAAAGAUCGAUGAAGAUGAUAUCAUCAAUGAAGCCGAAAGCGAGGAAUUGGAGGAAACUCGAGAAAUCCACAGCGAGGACGAAGAUGAAGAUCAAGAACAGGAUCAAGAUGACGGUGAAGAAGAAGACGAUGAUGAGGACGAAGAAGAUGGCGAAGAGACAGCGGCUCAGCUGCGGGAAAGUCUCGCCAGUGUGCCGUUCGAGGUUCUUCAGGCUCUGAAAAAGAAGGGCGACGCAAAGGCGCUAGACCGACGCAACGACCCCACGCCCGCCAAAGAAGAGAAGAAAGGCAAGAACCAGCCGCUGGAGGCGAGCUCGAAGCGGCGACCGCCUCGCUUCAUUGACUUUGGGACGAUCCCGAGGAACACCCAGCGCAAGUCGCGCGACCCUCGCUUCGAUUCCCUGUCGGGUAAGUUCAACGAGGACCUCUUCCAGAAGAGCUACUCCUUCGUGGAGGACUACAAGCAGGAGGAGCUCAACGAGCUCAACGAGCAGCUGCGCAAGGAGAAGGACCCGGAAGAGAAGGAGCGAAUCGCCCUCGGCGUCCGUUUGCUGCACAACCAAAUUGCGGUGACCAAGCGCGAUGCGGAGCAGAAGACAAAGAAGACGGCGCGGAAGAAGAUGGAGCGCGAGCUGGUGCUGCAGGGCAAGAAGCCCUUCUUUCCCAAGAAGAGCGACGAGAAGACGCUCGAACUCCUCGAGAAGUUCACCGAUCUCAAGCAGAAGGGCCAGCUCGACAAGUACCUCGUCAAGAAGAAGCGCCGCAACGCCGCCCGGGAGCACACGCGCAUCCCUUGGCAGCGCCGCGCAGCUGGCGGCGAGUAA